AGAAACAAUUCCUCGUAUGACACCACAAUAGCACUGUAUAUAAAUACAACUCAUCCCUUGCCAUUGCAUUACAUUUUCCGCCAAGACUUAAUACGGGGAACGAUGGCGAUUUCCUAUGGAAUUAUUAUUGGUGCGUGUGCUGUUUUAUGCACAGCAUUGCCCACUGAAAAGCUUCCAAUUUUGAAGGACGCGCCGAGCGAAGUCCUCUUUACGAGUGAUAAUCCUUUCGUGUUGGAAUGUAAGCUUGUUGGCGAAAACUCUAAUGGAGUCACGUUUAGCUGGAUUAAAGACGGCAGCCCAUUAACCAUUAACAGUAAAGAGAUCACCCAACGCCAGGGGGAAGGUAGCCUCGUAUUCCAGAAACCAAGCGAUAAAGUGUCUGGCACAUACCGAUGCCUCGCCACAUCCGAAGCAGGCCAAGCGUCAACCAGACCCAUUAACGUGAGAAAAGCAUACAUAAACCCUCCGAAAACGACCCUGCAGAAGCUGAAGCCGACAGACGGAAAGCCUUUCCAAAUGGACUGCGCCAUUCCAGACGCGUAUCCGAAACCGAAAAUCUCAUGGCACUACCAACUGAUAUCUGACUCCGGAGUGUCCAAUGAGGUCAUGGACCCGCGUAUGACGAUCGCCCCCGAAGGCACUUUGUACGUAACAAGCGCUGCGAAGUCGGACGCGAACAAGAACUUCAAAUAUGUCUGCGUAGCGAACACUCCCGCAGCGAAAAGUGGGGUGCCUUUAGCGGAGUAUGUGAUAGAAGAUGUCCUGGCUAAUUCGAAUCCAGAUAAUGAAGUGUACGAACUGUACACCAGUAAGGACAUGACGGUGAAGGCUGGCGAGAUGACUUACCUGUAUUGCAUCUUUGGCGGCACUCCUCUAGCCCACCCCGACUGGUUCAAAGAUGGCGUUGAUGUUAACGGUAGUCCCAACGACCGAGUCACCCGCUACAACCGCAGUAAAGGCAAGCGGCUUCUCAUUCGCGACGUCUGGCUGACUGACGCUGGAUCUUACCGCUGUGUCGCUGACAACGAGAAGGGCAAGCCGAAGGAACACACCAUGAAACUUAGUGUCGUCGCCGCCCCGAAAGCCGAUGCCAUGCCAUCUGCAGUGACAAGAGGAAAAUCAGGCAGGGAGAUUACAAUCCCAUGUCACGUUGCUGGCGUGCCAUCACCACGUCUCUAUUGGACUUACAACGCUCAACCUUUAAAAGUCAGCGACAAAAUAACAAUAAACGAAGUGACGAAAGGAAAUCUGACAGUUGCUGAUUUGACAAUCCGCGGAGCACAGACCACAGACAAGGGCUACUACGGCUGUCAUGCUGAAAACGAAUAUGGCGAACUCUAUUCGGAGACUCUGUUGGUUGUAGCUUAAAUAUUAAUACAUUUUAAGCUAUGUAUUGUUUUACAUAGAGUUCACUUUAGUUCGUAAUUUCACUUUUUAUAAAUGCUUUGGUUGAUGUCAAUAAAUUUU